UUAAUCGGAGGAAAAAUCGAGGGGAGAGUGGCGGGUGUCGAUGUUCUGAGAGGUUAAGAUUUUGCGAGCAUGCCGAGCAGUUUGUGCGUAGGUGAUCCAAGGAAAGGGGAAAGGGAGAACAAGUUACAGGAUAAAGGGAACUAAAGACAAAAUGAAGAGUCGACCGGCACGAAUGUUCGGAAUCCUCUGCGGGGUGAUUCUGUUGUCCCAGCACGGUAAUACAUUGGCAGGUAGCGAGAUCUACGCGAAGAUGUUCUCCAGUCCGCAGCAUCCGUCGGAUCCUUGUUACGACGAGGACAGACCGCGCCGGUGUAUACCGGAUUUUGUGAACGCGGCGUUCGGUGCCGCGGUCGAGGCCUCGUCGACCUGCGGUACCGGCGGUCCUACCAGAUAUUGUGAUGUAACUGAACAGCCAGGAGGUGGCACGGGAAUAGGUCAGUGCCAUACCUGCGACGAUAGCACGCCGAGACGUCGAUUUCCCGCAAGUUACUUGACGGAUCUGAACAACUCGAACAACGUAACCUGUUGGCGCAGCGAGCCACUCGGCACGUCCCAAAGUUUCUCAGCGCCGCCGGACAACGUGACUUUGACCUUGUCGCUAGGAAAGAAGUACGAACUGACCUAUGUGAGCCUGCAGUUCUGUCCGAAGGCUGCUAAGCCGGACUCGAUCGCGAUUUACAAGUCAAUGGACUACGGGAAGACAUGGCAGCCGUUUCAAUUCUAUUCGUCCCAGUGUCGCCGUGUCUACGGUCGUCCGAACCGAGCGACCAUUACGAAGGCGAACGAACAAGAGGCGAGAUGCACCGACAGCCAUCGUUACACGGGCGGCGAUGGCCUCGGCCCCGUCGGCAGGAUCGCGUUCAGCACCCUGGAGGGUCGUCCGUCGGCUUCGGACUUUGACAAUUCACCGGUUCUGCAGGAUUGGGUUACCGCCACCGACGUUAGAGUCGUUUUCAAUCGGCUGCAUAUGCCGCAGCAGCCCUCCCAGGAGCAAGUCUCGUCCUUGGAUACGGACGACGACGAUCGGGAUCAUCCCCUCGGGCUGGAAGAAUUGGCUAAACGCGAAAGAGAGCGAGAGGAACGCAUUAAGAAUCAAAAGAAUCUUCUGAGAGGCUCGAUGGAUCCAUUGGCCACCGCUUUACCCUCGGUACAUCAAGUGAUCGCGCCUCAAGAAAUGCAGUCAAACGACGCCGUGGACGGUGGUGAGAUGAGUUUCGCCGCCGUAACCGUCUCCACAUCCACCAGCAGCACCUUGUCCAGCGCCGGGACAAGCACCUUUGCUCACCACUACGCCGUUUCGGACUUCGCGGUCGGAGGCAGGUGUAAAUGCAACGGGCAUGCAGCGAGAUGCAUCCCAGGCAAGGACGGCGAGGUCGCGUGCGAAUGCAGGCACAACACCGCCGGCAGAGACUGCGAGAGGUGUCGGCCGUUCCACUUCGAUCGACCCUGGGCACGAGCCACUGCCAGAGAUGCCAACGAAUGCAAAGUGUGCAACUGCAACCUUCAUGCGAGAAAGUGCAGAUUCAACAUGGAACUGUACAAGCUGUCGGGACGUGUCAGCGGAGGCGUUUGUCUGCAGUGCCGGCAUUUUACGGCAGGAAGACACUGUCAUUAUUGUCGGGAAGGUUACUACAGGGACCCGGCCAGACCGAUCACGCAUCGUAAGGCCUGCAAACAAAAACCAAAGAAGACCACACUAUUCCCUUUGGAUAAGAAUUUCCAGAUUGUUGGACCGUGUGACUGUCACCCAAUUGGAGCUUCCGGGAAAACUUGUAACCAAAGUACCGGCCAAUGUCCUUGUAAAGACGGUGUAACCGGUACAACUUGUAACAGAUGUGCCAGAGGUUACCAACAAAGUAGAUCUCACAUUGCACCUUGUAUCAAAAUACCAAGGGUUGUACAGACGCAAGGAACGGCCGGCGAGGAGAGCGGUGAACACGAAGACGACGACAACCCGCGUGGUUACGAUGGACGAGCCGAUCAAUGCGGAAAAUGUCGAGCCAGCACUAAAAGAUUAAAUUUAAACAAAUACUGCAAAAGAGACUAUGCUAUUCUCGGUAGAAUAACAGACAGACACAAAAAGAACGACGGUUCACCGGCUGGGACAAGCGUUUCCGGUUCCGUUUGGAUACGUUUCACCUUAGAUGUUAACGUCAUCUACAAAAAGUCUCCAAACUCGAGGAUUCGUCGUGGUGACGUAUUUCUUUACGUACACUCGGCCGAUUUAGCCUGUAGAUGCCCGAAAAUCAAGCCAAAUAAGUCGUACUUGAUACUUGGCCAGGAGAGCGAUGGCGGAGGUCAAGGUGGACUGACAGUAACGCAGAGGUCAAUUGUGAUCGAGUGGCGCGACGAGUGGCAUCGCCGAAUGCGACGCUUUCAACGAAGGGCGAUAUCGUGCCAUUGAACUAAUUAUUCCCGCCUGACCAAGGAAAUAUAGACGGAGAAAGAAGGGAAGAUAGAGAGACAGGAAAGGGAGAGGACAAGAAAAAAGAGCGAUAGGUAAAAAUAGAAGUUGAAAACCUUUUAAAACUUGUACUCUCGUAGGAAGGUUGCACGUUCAUUUUCAAGCUGCCAAUAGCUGCUGUAUAUCUACUCGCAUACCUACUUCUAGGUUUCUUUUUCGCACGGAGUACUCGACGACGUCCUAAGAUUAACGAUAAGUAAUAAAGUAAACGUCAUUGCCAAGUGAAAUGCAAGUGAGAACUCGAAGUGUUUAUAGAAGAGAAAUAUCAGGCGAACUGAAUUCUUGUUAUAUACAAAUAACACUUAAUUUAUUGCAACUGACAUACAUGCUUUGAAUAAUAAUUGACUAUCUAUAUACCAUCUACCUAUAUAGAAGAAGAUCGGUUUGUUAAUUAAGCAGAUCUAUGAAAGAGCGAUGAAAUCAUUUAUAUUAACAAAAUUCGAUCUGAUAAUUUUAUUUCCAAUAUAAAAAAAGUGGCCACGUAAAUAGAGAUCAGUAUAAUGGACAAAAACACUCGAUUCGAGGACUAUUAUAUCAUUAACAUCGAUGAUGAUUGAAAUUUUUAUAAAAGAAUUAUAUCCCAUAAUUAUUAUUUAUGAUAUCUCAUCGUUCCCGAGAUGUAUCAGCUCCAAACAUUCACUGUCUCCGUCGCCUACGCUAUAAUCACGUGUAUAAAAUGUAUCAACGUAAAAUAAUGUUAACGUAAGUAAAGAAUAUAUCAGGCUAUUCGAAAAAAUUAGUACGUAUAUUCAAAUGUUAGAAAGAUAAAAUACAAUACACGUAUAGAUAAAACAAAAUUACACGAUCGUUAACAUAAUAUCAUAACGAUGGAAGAAAUUCUUUUUUUAUUUCUUUCUAACAUUUUCAAAUAAAGUUAUAACGCAUCUUCCAAUUUUAUUUAGAAUGACCUCUUUCGUAAUCUGAAAUAUUUGUGCCAUUUUUCAUAAAUAAAAUUAGGGUUUAAAUAACUAAGAAAAUAAUGGCCGGAUAUAAUGUCACUCUUUCUUACUUCCCAACGAUUUUAUUUAAUAUCUUGCAGAAAAAUGAACUGCUAAUUUGCAAUAGCUAUUUAUACAAUUAGAAAUAGAAGAAAUAGUAUAAAGUAAUUUUAAAAUGGCACAAGCGUUUGGAAUAACUUAAUACUUGCCUUUUAUUUUUACUAAUCCAUAUGUUGAAUAAUAUUCUUUUUGCUAUUAAUUAAAAAGAACAGUACAGAAAAAAGAACUGAAUCCACGUCCAUAUUAUGCAGUAAGAAAGGAAAUUACAAAAAUGCGAUUGAUCAAAACCGGCAAAUUUUGUUUGUUAGUAUUGCAUACAAAAUAUCAAGUAGUUACUAUAUUAUAAGAAUGUAACGAUUAUUAUUGUUCAGUAUCUCCUUCGUGCGAGCGAAAAGCCGAAAACUUGUACUGUUUUAAUUAAGAAUUUAUCGCGCCUACGGCAUAUUGUAGAUCAAAGAAUUACCAAUUUUAGAGGUCUGAGAUUUGAACCAAAUUCUUGACCAGUUGUAUAUCGUAAAUUAUACACGAUAUCGAAUUAAGUGUGCUAUUUAUACCUCCACAUUAUUAACCGAUUACUGUUGUACCACAAUUACGAUUUAGAUUCGAUUAAAUUAUUAAGCGUACCGUAUUGUUGUGUAUUGUGGUGUAAUAAAUGUGAUUAGUUGUAUGAAUAAUAAAUACAAUGCAUAAGAAA